AUGAGUAGAAAUGGUUCUUACGGCCGCCCGCACUGGGCUGCUGCUGCUGCUGCUGCCGCUCUUGUGCUGCUUUGCCUGACGUUGACCGCCAGCGCUGCGUCUGCGGCUGUGGCUGCUGGUGACGCGGCGGCCCCGUGCGGCACGGCAGCAGCAGAGGUGCACCGCUGGGGGUUUCGUGGCGCCGGCUACCACAUGCAGCUCGAGGUGGAGUUUCCUCUCCUCUUUGACGGGGUGCGUGUGUCACUGGACCUUCCGCGCGCCUUCUUCUUUGACGCGGCGGAGGUGGAGCAGCUGUACAGCAUGUCCGCGGUGGGCAGCGGCGCCGACAUCAGGGCGCAGUACGCCCGACUUCACAUCGCCUCUACGUUUGUGUUUGACAUCGAGGCGCCCGCUUUCCGCACCCCGUAUGACACGAACAGCGUGAAUAUCACGUUUGCACGGCUCCCCACUGCGGCACCAGGCCGCGUCGGGAAGGGCGUGCUGCUGCUGCCGAUUCACGCACGCUACGAGGAGGCGGACGCAACAACUCCGUUUUCCCUCGAGGCAUUCUUCAACCGGCAGUCGAAUGUGCGGCGCUGCAUCCCCGCGAUUGCCGUGCAGGGCACUUCCAGCGCCAGCGCGAACUGCAGCGUCUCGGAGGCCACGAUGGAGCGGCACGACGGCACUGCGACGGCCGAAAUGAUGGCGCCGCCCAACUGCCAGCUCAUUCCUGUCGGCGUGCUGUCGUCACUGCCUUUUGUGUACGCCGCGCUGAUGACGCUGCAAUGCGUCGGCGCCGCCGUUGUGGUGGUCUCGCUGGUGCGGGCGUGA